AUGAGCCGUCGUAUUGCACCGACUGCGCGCCCCGCAAGUCGGGCUCAAACUGUAUACUUUGCCUUUGGAAGUAACUUACAACUGGGUCAAAUGGCCAGCCGGUGUCCUGAGAGUCGCUAUCUUGGUCGAGGCAUGCUUUUGGGUUACAAAUGGCAGAUCAACACACGAGGAUACGCGAACAUCUACGAAUCGCCGUCAGAUACUGUCGAAGGUCUUUGUUUCCUCCUAUCAAAGGCCGACGAGGAGAAGCUCGAUAGAAGCGAAGGUGUCCACAUGGUCCCAAGUGCAUAUGAAAAAGGAAGCGUGGACGUAAUUGUGUACCCUAGCAGCCCCUUGAUUGCAGGAAGAAGGGUACACGAGGUCAACAACUUCAUUCGUGAGAAGUCAUAUCCAUCUUCAAACAGCAUCAAAGGCGGCGGAGAAAAAGUCAAAGCUCUUGUCUAUUUGAGCCACAGAGACAUCGGUGACGGGCCACCAAAGUCCGAGUACAUCGAUCGAAUCAAUGCCGGAAUCCAAGAUGCCACGUUGCUAGGAGUACCAACUUCGUACUUCAGUCGAAGUGUUCUCCGGCCACUGUAUCGGAGUUUCCUGGCGACUGAGAGCGUUCCGCAAAAUCGAUUCUCCCAAGAUCAACGGAAAGACACGUCUUCAGGAGAAAGACCUGCUCGGAUGGGGAAUUAG